AUCCAUAGCAUCACUACCUCAGGAAUUGGUCGAAUCUGUUCGGAUGAAAAUAGGAGGAUGACCAUAAAGAAUGGCAGCGGCCAGGCCUGCGCUGCUUGCAAGUACCAACGACGGCGGUGCACGCCCGAGUGCCUCCUGGCGUCCUUCUUCCCGGCCGAUGAGCCCAAGAUGUUCCAGAACGUCCACCGCCUCUUCGGAGUUAAGAACAUCCAGAACCUCCUCAAGGAGCUCGGCCCCGACCACACCCAGAAGGCCAUCGCCAUGAAGUCCAUCAAGUACCACGCUGCCAUGCGCGACAAGUACCCUGUAUGGGGUUGCAUGUUCGAGAUCCACCAACUAACCUACCAAAUUCAGCAUGCUGAGGAAGAACUCCAGGCCGUCCUCCACCAGCUGGCAUUCUACAGGCAACAACAGCAGCAACAACAACAACAGCAUGAGAACCAACUGUCUUCCCAUACGGCCGAUGACUACAUCUCUGACCUCCAGCUCGGGAUGGGCCCGCCUGGGAACAGCCUCGAAGCUCACUCCCACUACAAUAACAACGAGGAGGCCGCCGUGGCCGACUACAACAUAAACUAUAUGGAUUUUAAAGAGAUGAACAAUGUGGUGAACUCGAUGUGCGGUUAUAGUAACAGCAAUAGCAAUGAAAACAACAUGAAUUCUAUCCUCGCGCACGCGCAUCUCAUGAUGCAACAGCCGCCGAUCUCCACCGUGGAGCAUGAGGAUUAUAACGAGAUGCAGCCGUUUUUCGAUAAUAUCGAUGAUUCACAGUCUUAUAUUGGCUCCAAAGAAGCCUAUGAUCAAUCUAGUUUGAGCUUGGAAUCGGCAUUCAAGAAAUCGAGACACGAUGUUGAGGAGAUUAAUGAGAAUGAGCUCAAGAAUGCUGCAGCAUGUUUUAGCCUUACUAGUGUCAACUAAUUCAAUUUUUGGUGCAAUUUUUUGAGCAUUCAUAGGUUUUGGAAAUACUUGAUUUUCUCGAAGAGAAGAUGAGACUAAUUGAUUUCUUUGGCUUAAUUUUUCA